GAUUCAUUGAUGUGUUCGGUCCCUUAAGAACGCCAACCCCGCACUUUCUCCUCGUCCUCCCCCCUCGUUUUCAAUUGACUUUUGCCCAACAAUCAACAACAAUCAAAUCCGUCUAACAUCACCAUGACCCUUAAACCCGGAGACUCGUUCCCCUCUGACGUUGUGUUCCAGUACAUCCCCUGGACCGAGGAGAGCGGCGAGAUUACCUCCUGCGGAAUUCCCAUCAACUACAACGCCUCGAAAGAAUGGGCCGAUAAGAAAGUUGUGCUCUUCGCCGUGCCUGGAGCUUUCACCCCCACCUGCUCCAUCAAUCACGUUCCGGGGUACAUCCAGAACCUUCCGCGGCUGAGAGAGAAGGGAGUGGAGGUGGUCGCUGUGAUUGCCUCCAAUGAUCCAUUUGUGAUGAGUGCUUGGGGCAAGGCCAAUAACAUCAAGGGCGAUGAUAUCCUUUUCCUCUCCGACCCCGAUGCCAAAUUCGCCAACUCCAUCGGCUGGGCGAACGGCGGCCGCACCGGCCGAUUCGCGAUCAUCAUUGACCACGGAAAGGUGACUUACGCACAGAUUGAGACAGAGAAGGGAGUCAAGGUUUCUGGUGCAGACGCUGUAUUGGCUCAUCUGUGACCAAUACAGCUCAUCUGUGAGGAUAGUGAAGUGGGUAAAGCAAGUGAAGAAAUCUAUAGAGAACAAUUUUGUGCCUGCCUCGUGUCUUCGUGUCGGAGAAUUGAAUCCCAGGG